AUGUAGAGCUGAGCAUUCGUUCUUCAGUGCAUAACUGAAGCCAGGCGUCCGGUAACAGGUGACCGAUAUUGAGCAGCGAUAAGCAAACACGCAAAGCUGUUGUGCGUUAGGAUGUCAUUGUCAGUGCCGGUUUUGGUCGUGCGGGCUGCUGCUGCAAGUCGGACGAUCGUCUCCGUGUUUACGGCACAGUUCACAUAUGCGGAGUACCACGGACAGACAGAGGCCCGUCGUGCACUUGGACAGGUGCUGGGGUGUGCCUGUGGCAGCAGCCGGAAUCACUUUCCUAUCGUGCAUGGCCUCAUCCAGCUAUGGGUUCCUUUACGUGCUCUUCAUGCAAAAGUAUGAACUCAGUCGUGAGCAAGCCGCCUGGCCUCAGACCUCACUCGUCAUAUCUGGUGGUUGCGUGGGCCUCCUCAUCAGCGUGGUUCAAAAGAAAAUUUCGAUCUACCGCAUAACCCUCGCUGGCGGGAUCGUGGCUUCUGCGGGCCUCGUAGCAGCAAGCUUUGCUCCCAACAUCGCGUGGCUUUCAGUUACUUUCGGAGUACUACAAGGCGCUGGAGUGGGAAUCACCUUGCUAGGCGUCGCCAUGUACUUGCUCCUUUAUUUCGACAAGUACAAGGCCACUGCUACCGCCAUCAAGGAUAUUGGCAUGGUCGCAGCUGGUGUAACGGGCGUACCUUGGAUAUCGUUUCUCGUGAAGGAAUAUGGUCUGCAAGGCAGCCUUCUUCUGACGGCUGGUUUGAUGCUUCACAUCUUGCCAGUAGUGAUGCUUAUCAAGACACCUCGCCGUUGUCGCAUGUUUCGAAAAAAUUGCAAAAUUACAGGGCCUAUAUAUUCGCAGCAAAAUGACGUGGAGAGACGGCCCGCCAUUGAGAAAGUCGAGCCCUUAUCGAACGUAGAGGAACGCUUCGCCCCACUUCAUUGUGAGGAACUGUCGACGCCAUCACAGGGGGCUCCCAGCGUGUUCCCCGUGGUGGUAUGGUUGCCAUUCAUUGUUUUGGUGCUGCUGCAAGUCGUCUCGGACUACAGCAACGCGGUAUUCAUGACCACUAUUGUGGAUUAUGCAAAAGACAAGGGUGCAGAGCUUGGCCGUGCCAAAAGGACAAUUAUGUUCGCCGCAAUGGGACAGGCUGUGGGACGUGUGGUGGUGCCCUUGCUGUUGGACAAAAUUUCUUUUAGCCGCUCUUCUAUCGCCAUGGCGUGCCUUUACGUGAUGGCUGUCUGUUUCCUCGUCAUUACGCGUGUCUCUGCUUUUGAAGGAGUUGCAGCCCUCGCUGGCGUAGCAGGCGUGGCUCAAGGCUACGUGCUCUGUAUGCGGCCAUUGUUGGUCGCCGACCACGUCGGUGUGGAGCUGUUCAGCUUGUGCUGCGGAGUAGGAGGACUUGUCGGAGUACCCAUGUGCCUCUCUGGACCAGCGAUACUUGGCUAUUUCAGAGACAAACGUGGCUCCUACGACAGCCUCUAUUACAUGCUUGCCGGACUAAGCCUUGGAGUGGCAAUACUGCUUACGGUGCUGGUGGUCCGGUCCAUUACUCAACGGAAACAUUUCCUUCGAACCUAUGUGUCCUUCAAAGACUUGUCCUGGUGGAAGAGCGGGUCGGCCAGACGAGUUGAUUAAAAUUAAGCUUCCGCAAGAAUAGUAAGGCUAAUACAGGGUAGGCGGCAUGCAAAGCUAGCUAAAUGUGCUGCUUUCAUUGAAAUCCACUCUCGAAGAAUAUUGAUGGCGAUAAGGAGGGUAGUCCAGGUAUCAUGUAUGGUCAUAAGACUAUGUUCUUCCAUCGAGGCGACACCCUUGAGGUUUAUACAAAAUUAACAAAACCAUAUUUAUUAUCUGAGCCAGGUGAAUAAGUGUAGCGCAUUGUACGGAAGAUGUGAUAUGCUCGAUUUCCAGCACUACCGAAAAUUGCCCCUAUGUUGUUACUAACGAAAUAAAGAAAAGUAAUUAUGACACCGCUUUGGGAACAACCUUACCAAUUAUAAGCUUGUGUUCGGACGCCUACCUAAAAGAAAAGGCGUUAUGAAAUCGAGAAUUUUCCAAUGAGAUAUUCGGAGCGAUACUCUUCUAAUAGAUAGCUUGCCUUCCAAGCUACCAUAUAUAUAUUCAAGUGCUUUAGCAUUGACGACGCCAUGUGUGCACGAGUUUCUUAGUCAUACACCUCUACAGUGAUUGACCAUCUCUAGUUUCUGACAAAGUGUUCCAAGAUGAUUUUUUAUAAAAUGCUUAAGUUUGCAAAAAAACUAUUUUGGGCGUGUGUCAUUCCUGCUCAGUGUGCAAUAGUACAACCGACCUCAGCCUUGAUAAAACUUUAUUUAACUUUCACUGCAGAAUAGUGUGGUCGGGACUUUGCAGAUCUGUAUUUGAUGCAUCUUAGCAAAUCUUUUGGUGUAUUCGGGGUGCUGUUUUUGACGAAGAGCAACAACGCAACGGUAGUACCUCAUUGUACUUUUAUUCCAAAAGUGACCACUCGUGUUUGUGGAUUUCGGUACAGGGCAUGUUUAUCGAAGAUCUGCCAGUAAAUCUAAUAAAGCACAAGCACUAAGAAACGA